AUGGCUACCCCCAGUGUCCUUACUUUUGAUGCUGAGGGCCGUGCCGUUGACUUUGAGGUCUGGGUCGAUGACCUCCAGCUGUUUCUCCAGUGCGAUAGGGCAGACGGACUCUGUCUGUUCGAUCUCACCUCUGGUGUCUCUCCUGCCCCGCCUGCCACUGCUGACAGCACUAUUCGCUCACAGUGGGCCACACGCGAUGCUGCUGCUCGCCUUGCUGUGCGUCGCCACUUACCGACCACUGAGCGUGCACACUUCAGCCAGUACAAGAGUGCUCAGACCUUGUACGACGCUGUAGUUGCACGCUACUCUUCCCUUGCCACUGCUGCACUGAGCCGACUCAUGCUACCGUACCUCUUCCCUGACCUUGCUGCCUUUCCCACAGUCGCUGACCUCAUUACGCACCUCCGCACUAGUGACACUCGCUACCGCGCUGCGCUUCCUGCUGAGGACCACUUCCUCUCAGUUUGCCCCACCACUCUCACCGUUGACCUCCUCGAGAAGGGCCUCCUAGCAGCAGAGAAGAGCAUAGUCGCUGUAGGAGCCUCUCGUGGUGACCCUUGCACCCCCGUCUUUGAGGGGUGUUCCCCCUCCCCCCUUUUGCCCUUUGUUGCUUCUGCUGCUGCGGCCGACCUCGUUGGUUUCGAGUCGGUCGGCGCUGCGUCUGCCCCGAGCGGGAGACGCCGCCACCGGCAAGGGCAAGGGGGGGCAAGGGCGCUGGAGGGGCUGGCAGGGGCGGUGGAGGUGGUGGUGGAGGCAGUGGAGGGGGUGGGGGUGGUGGUGGGAGUGGUGGCGGGGGUGGCGGCGGCAGCGGCAGCAGUGGAGGCGGAGGAGGCGGCGGUGGUGGCGGAGGGAGCGGAGGCGGCGGAGGUGGCGGAGGAGGCGGAGGUGGAGGAGGCGGCGGAGGCGGCGUCGGCAGCAGUAGACCUGGUCGUGGCUCUGCGCAGAGGAGUGGCUCCGGUGGUGGUACGCGCCAGCAGCAGUAGAGCAGUCGUGAGACCCUGUCCCCUCAGCAGCUUCGUGAGUGGUACGCUGCGCGUCAGCGCGUGCGGGGGCCCGCACUCCACCCAGCGCUGCUUCGGCCGCCUGACGGACGCGUGGCGUCACCAGUUCCCUGGGGCCUCUGAGAUCCCUCGCUGGGAAGAGCUGUCUAGGGCGGGGGUUGCUAUCUUUGAUCUUGACUAUGAUGCUAUUCUUGCUGCCAUGUAUGCUGUUGAUGAUAGUGUUGCGGGUGACUGUUACCUGUGUGUACCGCCUGACCUGGGCAUUGAGGCUGCUGCUCUAGGUGCUCGUGCGAUUGCUGCCCAGGUGCCAGUGCGUCUGUUGCCCCAAGUGCUGGUGAGUCUGCGCUCUCAGGUACUACACCGCACCACUCUUACGCCGCUCAGUCGGCCGGUUGCAGUCUCCCUGGCGGACCCCUCUGGGGGUCCUGUCCUUGCUAGCUUCUCCAUUGUCGUACCGUGCCCGGCAGCCCCCUCUGGCACCCUGUCAGGUCUCUACCUCGCCUCGUUCUCUACGAACUUGGUAGCUGCGUCGAGUCAGGUGUUUGCUGUAGCGUCCAGGUCUGGUCCUGAGUCUGCUCCCUGCUCGUGUCGUCUACUGUCCCACCAGACUCUCCUUUGGCACCACCGCCUUGGUCACCCCUCCCUGCCUCGUCUCCGAGGCAUGGCCUCCCGUGUCCUUGUCUCUGGUCACCCUCGAUCUCUCCCUCCCCUACCUAUGGGGCCUGGCCCUACCUGCGUCCCCUGUGUCGAGGGGCGACAGCGCGCCGCCCCUCACUCCUCCGAGUUUCCUCCGACAGAGGCUCCGCUGCAGACUCUCCACAUGGACGUGUGGGGCCCCGCCUUCGUCAGUGGGCAGGGGCGCGAGCGGUACUUCCUGCUGGUGGUUGACGACUACUCGCGUUACACCACAGUCUUCCCCUUGCGCAGCAAGGGUGACGUCACUGAGACCUUCACGCUUCCGGCCUCUCCACAGCAGAAUGGGAUUGCUGAGCGCCGCAUUGGCAUGGUCAUGGACGUCGCUCGUACGUCCAUGAUGCAUGCGGCUGCCUCCCAUUUUCUGUGGCCGUUGGCGAUGCGUCUGCGUUUCGGGUCUGGGGAUCUCGGGCGUUUGUCCGCGACUUGUCUGCGGACAAGCUGUCCCCCCGUGCUAUUCCUUGCGUCUUCCUUGACUUCCCCCGUGACGCGCCUGGGUGGAAGGUUUUACCACCCCAUCUCGCGCCGUGUUCUGUCCUCCCAGGACGUCACCUUUGACGAGUCGGUGCCUUACUACCAUCUCUUCCCCUACCGCACUGCGCCCCUCCCCCCGCCGCUGCUCUUCCUUGCGCCAGGUCCUCCCCCGGUAGACCCCCUCUCCCCUCACGGUCCUGCCCCGUCAGGUGUGUCCCAGGUAGACGCAGUCGAGCCUGUCGAGGUAGCUGUUGACUCUGGUGCUGCUAGAGGUGCUGAGCCUGCGGGUGCCGAGUCUGGGGGUGCUGAGACUGGGGGUGCUGAGACUGAGGGUGCUGAGUCUGGGGGUGCUGAGUCUGGGGGUGCUGAGCCUGGGGGUGCUGAGCCUGGGGGUGCUGGGUCUGGGGGUGCGGAGCCUAGGGGUUCAGAGCCUGGGGCACUGGGUCUGCUCGUGUGGCUGCCGGCGGUGCUUCGUCGAGGCGGGAGCCGCUCUCUCCACAGGAGCUGCGCGAGUGGUUUGCCCGCCGCUUGGGACGUACUGCUGGAACUAGAGGUGCUCCUGUUGCUGGUGGUCCCGAAGGUGCUGGUACUGGCGGUCCUGGAGCUGCUGGGGCCACUGGAGUUGGUCUUGCUGGAGCUGCUGGUGGUGCUGGUGCUGCAGGAGCUGGAGCUGCUGGGGGUGUUGGUGUUAGUGUUUCUACUGGCGCUGGUGCGUCUGGGGGUGCUGCUGAGGCUGCUGGAGCUGGAGCUGCUGGGGGUGUUGGCGCUGGCGGUACUGCUGGCGCUAGUGCUUCUGAGGGUGCUGGAGUUGGCGCUGUUGGAGCUGGAGGUGCUGCUGGCGCUGGUGCUGCCGCUGAGGGGUACUGGUGCUGUCCUUGCUGGUUCUGGAGGCGCUGCGCGGCCCAGGCCGUACUUCGUUCCGCUCCUGGAGCAGGUUCUUGGUCUCCCGCCCUCUACUGGUCCAGCUCCUCCCUUAGAGUGUCCACAGCCUGUCCAGUCCCAGUCACAGUUACAAGCCCGCCUCCCCUCUACCUGCUCCUUCUCCCUACACUGGUCCCUACUGGAGGUCUUGGUGAGCGUCGUGAGCCUGCGUCUCGUCCUGCGUCGCCUGUUCGUGCUACUCGCACUAGUGGUCGUACUGCGCGUCCGUGUCCUCCUGCGGUCCCCGGCACACACCAGAUGGCGCUGCGUCCUUCCACUGCUCGUCUGCGUGUCCCCGUUACCGUCUCCUCCAGAGUCCUCUCUUCCUACUCUUGCUUACCCGGACUCUGACUCUCUUCUUGCUGCUAGUCCUUCUGUCACACGUCUUCUGGCUGCUGUUGUCACUGACCCUUCCUUUGAGUCCACUGCUGCGUCUGCCCUAGUUGCUGAGCUUGUCGACUUCGCUGCUCGCUCUCGUCUAGACUACGCUGCUAGUCUCGUU